AUGCAAGAAGAGCAAGAAGAAGAGAUGGUGACACCAGGAGAAAUACUAGGCAAAGCAACGGAAGUAAAACCAGGAAAAGGAGCCUACAUAGGAUCAUACCGCAACACUGAAAUACAAUACGUCUUCUCUUCUCUCACCGGUCUCCGCCGCACUCUAUCUCCUCCUCCUGACUCUCCUGACCAGAGACCAACUGUUGAAGUAACUGGACACAAGGCCCAUGGUGCUGUUCCGGAACCUGGAUGUGUUGUCAUUGCCAGAGUUACUAAAGUGAUGGCUAAAACAGCUUCAGCUGAUAUUAUGUGCGUUGGUCCUAAGUCUGUGCGAGAGAAGUUUACCGGCAUAAUUAGACAACAAGAUGUAAGAGCAACUGAGAUUGACAAAGUGGAUAUGCAUUUGUCAUUUCGGCCUGGUGACAUCGUCAGAGCUCAUGUUUUAUCACUUGGAGAUGCACGGGCUUAUUAUCUUUCAACUGCGAAGAAUGAAUUAGGUGUUGUGUCUGCAGAGAGCGCAGCAGGUGCAACAAUGGUUCCCAUAAGUUGGACAGAGAUGCAAUGCCCAUUGACAGGCCAAAUUGAACAAAGAAAAGUCGCUAAGGUGAAAGAUCAAUCAUCAGACUCUCCUCAAUCUCUUGACCCUUCUCCGCAACUCCUCCUUCAAGAGCUCUCUGAUUGCUUCGAUCUUCCACCAGAUUAUUUCCAACAAUUACCCGGUGAUCUUCGAUUAGAUUUAAAUGAUGCAGCUUUUGAUCUUUCAAAUGGACCGGUCCUUGAUGAGGUGUAUGUCAGCAGUUGGCUUUCACCUAAUUCUCAUUUUAGACUUCCUCUAUCAUUUGGCAAGCGUUUGGUAUCUGCUGGAAGAAGGUUCCAAUCCAUGGGACAGUAUGGUCAGGGUGAACUGCAAAAGAUUGCACAAGCAAUGAUUACAACGGGAAAGCUUCUUUCUGCAAGUUCAAUACCAACAGAAAGUGAUGAAGAACCGAGUAAAGAAACAAGAGUCUUCAAGUUUGGAGAUCUACAGGUUGAAAUAACACCAGAGAAAGCUAAUAUUGGGGCUGUCAUUGGACUUGCAUUUGGGAUUCUUUCAUGGGAACUAGCUCAAGGCAUUCAAAGCAUUCCAGAGAGUUCAUUGGAGUAUGCAAAUGACAAUGCUUUACUGCUGGCUAAGUCUCUAAGAGGAGCUCUACUUGCCCUCUGCUACUCAUCAACAAUUCUGUCUGCUUUUACUGCAGCGGGACUUCUCUUACUUGCAAGACGACUUAAGUCAAAGGAAGAAUGA